AUGAAUAACUCUCCAUCAAUGAAAUAUGACGAUCUGCAGUAGGAGAAUCAAAGUUAAACUCCUAUGUCUAAGCCAAUGCCCGCUCACUUGAGAAAACUGAAGCCCAAGCUCUCUCUUGAUGACAUGGAUUUAUUUGAGUCUAGAAAAGUCAUAGACUCUCCAAUGAGCAUCAAAGCCUGCAAGAUGGAAGGUAUUUUACCUAAGGAGCUUUUAUACAAACCAAUGGAGGAUUAUCUUAAAUCUUGUAAAGACCCUCAGAUGGCUGAGUUAAAAUAUAAAAUUAAUGAAGCCAAGAGACAAAACUCACCUAUUAGUGCCUAUAAACAUAAUAAUGUCAAUAUAUUCAAGAAAGCUCUAUAUCGAAAUCAGCAAAAGCAUUAAUCGUCCCAGAAUUUAAAACAUAUAAACUAAGGUGGAUUUGCUUAAACUAUACACCCACAUUCAACCAGUAACACAGGGUAUCUUAAGCAGUAUGCUGAAUCAGGCUAGGCUUCUCCGAUGAUUAACUCACGCUAUCUGUCAUCUAGAUUCUCAACUCGUGCAUCUAUGACUAGCGCUAGAAAAUUCCUUAGAUAAUACUCAAAAAGUGACAAAAUUGUGGAUAAUGCUCUGGUAACUCAUAAUUAAGCUCUAGAGCAGAAAAUUUCAUCAGUCAACCUUGACUUCUCCAAAGAUGUUAGCAAGUUUAAGGAUCUUGUUAAGAUGGAAUAGCUAAGGCUCCAGAGAAAUAAAUCAUUUAACAAUCAACUUGCCAGAUAUAACACCAUGAAAGAGCAAUUCAUGGCGACUUUAGAACGCAAAUUAAAAGAGAAAUCAGACCAAAUCAUUGAUGAGAAAAUACAAAAAGAAAUGUAGACCUUGCAGCAUAUUUCAAAAGAAAAAAAUAGGUUUAAAAAGGAGGUGAUUCAUCGGGAAAAUUUAUAACUUAACAUAGAGAAUUAAACUUAAUAAAAGUUUCAGCGGAUCCAAAGUGCAAAGCUUCUUAACCAUAUGAAAAGACUAGAGGUAUACAAAAAAGCAGAAGAUGAUUUGGGAUAAAAUAUAAGCUAUCUCUAAAAUAAAGUGCAAUUUAAGGAGCAAAGAUUGAAUUAGUAAAUGUCGAGAAUUGACCAGGAGCGUGAAAUCUGGAAAUAAUAAUUUAUCAGAAUGAAAGAGCAGCACGAAUAAGCAUAGAAAAGAUUGGAGUCUAUUGAAAAAGAAAAAUUCUCACCAGAAGUUAAAUCUUAGAAUCUAAUGAGAUUGUACAGUGACAUAAAAGAAAAAGAAUAGAAGUGGAAAGAGAAUAGAGAGAAAUAGAUUUACCGCUUAAAUUCAGCUCAACAAGAUUUUCUGAAGAAAAAUUACAUAGAUAAAAUAACAAAAUAAAAAGAAGAUUAAGUUAGAAGAAAGCAAACCGUAUUUCAAAUAAAGAAAUAAAUUGCGGAGAGCAAUAAAAAGCACCAAGAGAGAUAGAAAAACUACGAGGCAUAGGAAAUAUCACUUAAAAUAUAGGAUCAUUAGAAGGCACAUCAGAAUUACUCUCAUUUGAAAAAUGGUAUUGAGAUGAAACGCAUUAAAUUCUAGUUUGACCUUGAAAAAAGAAAGCAAGAGAUAAGAGAAACUUUAUUCAGGAUGCAGAUCUGGAACGUUUGGGAUGAGAGAGUACUCGAACUAGUAUUCUAGAGGCCAAAGGGAACUUCUAUAGAUGCAGUAGUCAGAGAAUUUGCAGCAAACAACCCUAGCAAAUAGAUGCCUCGAGGAGAACAAUAAUAGAAACUAUUAAGUUAUGGUCUUCUAGUGUCAGAUCGAAAAUUGCGAAAAACUCUUCUCAUGCAAGAAAACAUUAAAAGAACACCAAAGAACUCACACUGUUCAUAAUGCUAGCAGACUUUUGCCUAAUAUUCCUCUUUAUAAAAGCAUUAGAGAGUUCACGAUAAAAGAAAGCCUUAUGUCUGCAAAUUUGAUGGAUGUAAUUAGGCAUUUUCCCAAAUCAGUAACCUUAUUCGUCAUGAGAGAAUACACACUGGUGAGAAGCCGUAUAUAUGCAAUUUCUGCAAGAAGAAAUUUGCUUCCGGCUCCAAUUUGAAAUAGCAUGUACAAGUUCAUGACAAUGAUGAUACGAGAAUUCAGUAUAAAUGCUAUGUUGAUGGAUGUGGAAAGGGAUAUCUCUACAUCAGCUCAUUAAAAAAGCACAUUCAAGUUUCUCAUCCAGUAAAUUACGAGACAGAAAUUAAGACAAAUAAAUGUAAAAUAGUCUCAAAUAUAAAAUCAUUAUUAGUUGAUCUUAACAAUUGCAAGGAAAUCAUUUAAGAUAUUGAUAACCAUUAGUAUCAUGAUGAUGAAGAAGACAAAGAAUAAGAAGAAAUGAAUAUUUUAUUGGGAAAGAGGAAAAACCACAAUGAUAAAGUUGUUUAGUAGGUACCAUAAAGAAGAAAAUUAAAGUUAAAUAAUAAUAACCAAACAGACUAACAAUACUCUUAGCCUACAGAGUAAUAAAGCCAUUUGGCAAAUCAUCAAUAGCAAACUUAAACGAUGUAAUAGAUUUAAAAAUCGAAUAUUUAGGCUAUCAUGGAUCGACAUUUGAUGGUAAAAAACUAGAUGAAUCACGAAUCUACUUAUAAUAAUUCGAAUAAUCUGACUCAGUUAAAUUAGAAAUAAAGUGAAGAUUAAUAAAAAUAACUACUCAAUGGUAAAUAACUAAUAUAAUCUCUCCAGAUUGGGAGAGAGUAACUUGAUGAUGAAGAUUAAAAUUCAAAUUCAAUGAGAAGUGUGAACAAGAAAUUAGAUGAAUCCAGAAAUAUCUAAUCUCUCUAGUAAAGCAAGGAUAUUCAACAGCCAAAAUAAGCUGGAAUUGAGCAUUAAAAGAAGCCAAUAAUUCAAUUCUAAAAAUAGAAUUAAAUUAGUCAAAAUCCAACUUAAUUUGAACUGAAAAAUAAUUAGUUUCAACCUAUGAAAGUUUAACCUAUUAUUAGAACUCCUAUUCCACAAUCAACUGCUGAUUAUAUGCCUUCAUUGCUUAUGCAGAAGUAAUAAUAAUCAUUCUUGCUCAAUAGAUUGCCAUAAUUAAAUGGCAUUCAACAAAUGAAUACCAACAAUACAUAAAAAGUUUUUGAGAAUAAUUUGAAGCAAAACUUGGUAUAACAAUCUCCAAUAAAAUAGUCUUUUUAGCCGUUUAAUCAAUAUUUACCUAACGUUCAAAACUAGAGCAACAAUUCAUAAACUUAAUCAUAAUCUGAAUUGCCUCAAGAUCUUUUGCAAGAAAUGCAGUCAGUUUAAAUGAAACUAUAGUCCCUUGCUCCUGAUUAUUAUAACUAGGUUUCAAAACUAGUGAACGACUAUGGUAUGAUAGUUUCAGCUUUGACAUUGCAUCUUACACAGAAUAAUUAAUCAAAAGAUGCUCAAUAGUAAAUUUAAAGUUAGCAGUUAGAAAUUAAACUAGAAUAAAGUUAGGAUAUGACUGAUAAUUAGGAUUAGAAUUAAUAGAACAAAGAAAUAAUGGAAGAUCAGCAAUAGUAAGAGAGUUAAAAUGAGGAAGCAGACAUUCCCUUAAUUACCGAUGCAGAGAAUAUAACAAUCGGAAAUAUUUCACUAAACAGACUUGAAAUUCAAAGAGAUCCUAAAAUAGAGGCAAUUAUUAUAAAUGAGGAAAAGAACUUACUCUCAAUUAAUGUUUAAGAUACAUCAAAGACAGAUAAUAGUGUAGAUAGUAAUGGGCAAAUACAAAAGAGAUUCAAAUAUCAGAGUGUUCCACUAAACUUAAAAAAGAAGUAAAGGCAGUAGGAAAUCUUCUAAAAGAAUUAUCUACAAUCAGACAAUAUAGUGGAUGAUACAAAUAACACAUUUAGAACAUCUAGAUCAAAUUCAUUUUCUAAUCCAGAACAAGAGAAGAACAUAUCUGAUUAUUAUCAGAGUAUGCUAAAAGGAGGAAAUAAUUCCAACGAACAAAAUCAGCUUAAUCUAUCUCAAGAAUCGAAUCAGAUUGAGUCUACAUCUAAAAAAUCUUAGAAGCAUAUCAAAUCAAAAACAGCUUAUUAUGAUGAUUCUCUAUUCUAAAGCUAAUAAGCUUCUAAGAUAAAUGAGCGGGAAUAAUCAGGGUGUGGUGGAGAUUCUGGUGGAUGCUGUGGUGGAGGAUGUGGAAGUAAUUCCUAGAAACAAAACUUUGAAUCUCCUAAGAAAGAAGUUCUUCAAUAAUAGGUUAAGGUAUCUGCAUAAGAAGACUCAUGCUGCUAAUCAAAGCCAAGAGAUUAAGCUUGCUGUUCAAAAUAAUAAUCAUGUGGAGACUAAGAUCUAAUGGGUGAGGACGAAGAAGCUGAAAUGAUAAAAGAAAUGAACAAUGCUGGAAUGGAUGGUUCAGAGUUCAAACAGCCAUACCCAAUACAAAAAAAGGUACAAUCAUCGUUUCUCAACAAAAAUAAGGAUCAGACAUUAAUGCUAUUUUCAAAACUCCCUUGUAUAAAAACAUGCAUGACCAAGGUUUCAUUUAGUGAUGAAAAGCAUCCAAGUAGUAAUGCUUAAUGCAAGGGAAACAAAGCUAUAGAAUUUGAAAGUGUUGAAGAUGACUUCGUGAUUCAGAGUAUAUCUUAAUUAGGUACCGCAUCUUGUAAGCACUUAUGUGAUGCUUAAAAGUUAUGUCCCGAAAUAUUACCGACAAACUGCGAUGAUUAUUUUAACAAAAAGUGUAAUUGUACAGUUUAUUGCAAAAAGACACUAAAGUUUAUACAGAAAUUCGUCAAAGAUGAGGCUUAAGUUGCAGAGAUCGAGGAUCUGUGCAAUAUCUAGGAUUAGAUAUCCUUGAUGGUGAGCCAAGGAAGUAAAUGCUGA